GGAUAGUAACCAGCCAAUCCCAGAGCAGGAGGCGGGGCUUGUUGGAAAGCGGGUGAAGGGGGUGGGAUUAGCGUUCAAUGGCACAGAGCGCGAGAGGAAUGAGCUAAUUUGUCUUUUUAUGAACACAGUGGUGUUUUAAAGCAGAGUCGUGUAAGAUGAAGUGUGUGUCGCUGCACCAUGACUUCAGUCCUGGUGACGUCGUGUUUGCCAAAAUGAAGGGAUAUCCUUUCUGGCCUGCCCGGAUUGCUGUUGGGAAGGCUCCAAGGAAUAAGGUCCCAAUCUUCUUUUAUGGAACACACCAGACAACGUCUCUAGUCCCUAAGGACAUUGUGCAUUACUGGCCCAACAAAGAGAAAUAUGGGAAGCCCAUCAAACGAGGAGGUUUUGAACAGGCCAUGUGGGAGAUCGAAAAUGACCCCGGGGUCGGCCUCAAAGGUCAAAAGAAAGCCGAUAUGGUGAGGAAGGUGCAGGAGACGCGGAGGAAGGCGAGGAGUGUGGAAAAGAAGAAGAAAAACGAGGCUGACACGCCCACUAAUGCUGCAACUCCGACAAAGAAUGAUAAAACACCUGUGAAAAACAGCACCACUCCGAAUAAACCGUCCACCUCAGAGACCCCGACGAGGAGACAGACGCCGAGCCGGGACAGAGAUGCCCGGAAGAAGACUGUAACACCUUCUGAAAAAGCGACAACUUCUGCUGAUAACGCAGCUCGUACUAAAAAACCCGCCCCACCCAAAAGGGUUGUCCUGGCCAAAAAAGCCAUUGUUGCUAAGACGACGAGUGCAGCGAAGAAGAAGGACGCCGCCAGGAAGAAGAUCCUUACCAAAGCGAAGAUGGUCAAAGCCAAGAAGACAACGAAGACUAAGCUGAAGAUAAAGCUGCCUAUCAGAGUGGAAAAGAACAAGCCCCGUACCCCAGAGACUCGGCACCGGACCCCAGAGACUCGUCUUCAAACCCCAGAGACUCGGCCCCCGAUCUCCAAGGGUUGGGUGAAGAUCACCGAUCCACAGCUACAGAGCCCAGAGACUCGGCCUCGGAUCUCCAAGGGUUGGGUGAAGGUCACCGAUCCACAGUUAGAGGCCCCAAAGACUCGGCCCCGGAUCUCCAAGGGUUGGGUGAAGAUCACAGAUCCACAGUUAGAGACCCCGGAGACUCGGCCCCGGCUCUGCAAGGGUUGGGUGAAGGUCACCGAUCCACAGUUAGAGAACCCUAAGACUCGGUCCCGAACCCCAGCAACUCAGCCCCGGAUUUCCAGAGGUUGGGUGAAGGUCACAGAUCCCCAGUUAGGGAACGCUGAGACUCUGCCCCGAACCCCAGCGGCUCAGUGCCAUGCCCCAGAGACUCGGCCCCGGAAUUCCAAGGGAUUGGUGAAGGUCACAGAGCCACAGCUGCGGACUCAGCUCAGAACUCCAGAGACGCCGCUCCAGACCACAGAGACUCGGCUCCCAGCCCCAGAGCCUCGUCUUCGAACCCCAGAGCCUCGUCUUCGAACCCCAGAGCCUCGUCUUCGAACCCCAGAGCCUCGUCUUCGAACCCCAGAGCCUCGUCUUCGAACCCCAGAGCCUCGUCUCCCAGCCCCAGAGCCUCGUCUCCCAGCCCCAGAGCCUCGUCUUCAAACCCCAGAGCCUCGUCUUCAAACCCCAGAGCCUCGGCUCAGAACCCCAGAGCCUCGGCUCAGAACCCCAGAGCCUCGGCUCAGAACCCCAGAGACUCGGCUCCCAGCCCCAGAGCCUCGGCUCCCAGCCCCAGAGCCUCGGCUCAGAACCCCAGAGACUCGGCUCCGGAAUCCCAAGGUCACAGAGCCAUGGCUACGGCGUCGAGAGACCCGGCUCCAAACCCCAGAGACCCAAGUAAAAACCACAGAUGCUCGGCUGAGGGUCACAGAGACUCAGGUGCAAACCCCAGAGCCACGGCUCCAGAACCCAGGCACUCUGCUCCUGAACCCCAAGACUUGGCUGAGGGUCACAGUGCCACGGCUCCAGAACCCUGAGACUCUGCUCCAUUGCUCCGAGACUCGCUUCCGCAACCCUGAGAUUCGGCUUCAAAACCUCAAAAUCUCAGCCUUAGGACACAAAUUCUCAGCUCCCGAACCCCAAGGUGACUCUCCAGUUGAACCCCAAGAUGCUGCUCGUGAAUCCCGAGAUGCAAUUUCUGAACCUUCAAAUGCAACUCCAGUGGAACCCCAAGUCACCACUCCAGUGGAACCCCAAGAGCCUGCUCCAGCUAAACCCAAAGUUGCUGUGCCAGUUGAAGCCCAAGAUGUUACUCCACUUGAACCCCAAGUUGCUUCUCUGGUCAAACCCCAAGGCGUUGCUCUGAGUGAGAUCUCAACCAGGAAACAGGAAGCAGAAGGUGAGGGAGAACGGAGAGUGCUGAGACGGAGGACAGAAGAGCAGAGGGAUAGAAACGAGAAGAGACAGAAGAAAGAGAUGGAGAAGAAACAGCCAGAGGAUGAAUGGAAGGAUGGAGCGGAGCGAAGGAAGAAGAAGGAGGAGAUUAUCCCAGCCAUCACUGACACUGUCUCCAGCCCUGCAGCCUCGAGAAGGAAGCAACAGGAAGAGAAACUCCGCCCCUCAGAGCCAGAAAACAGCGAGGUGGGAAAGCGGAAAAGGCGCGAGGCGGACGAGGGAGGACAGAGAGUGCUGAGACGGAGGACGGAAGAGCAGAAGGGAAAGAGGGAUAGAGAAGAAGAAACAGAGAAGAAGCAACUGGUGGUUGAGCGGAAGGAUGGAGAGAAGGUGGGAGGAAAGGAGUACAAGGGAGAGAAGAGGAAGAGAGAGGAGGAGGAGAAGAAGAAGAAGAGAGAGGAGGAGAUGGGGGAGAAGAAGCAGAGGAACGACGAUGCAGUAGAGAAGGCGACUGAGAAGAAGAGAGAGGAGGAGACUAAGAAGAAGAAAGGUGAGGAGGAGAUGGAGGAGGAGACGGGAGAGAAGAGGAAGAGAGAGGACGAAGAGGAGGAGAAGAAGAGAAAGGAGGAGACGGAGAAGAGGAAGAGAGAGGACGAGGAGGAGGAGAAGAAGAGAAAGGAGGAGACAGAGAAGAGGAGGACGAGAGAGGAAGAGAAGAAGAGAAAGGAGGAGACGAGAGAGAAGAGGAAGAGAAAGGAUGAGGAGGAGGAGAAGAGAAAGGAGGAGACAGAGAAGAGGAGGACGAGAGAGGAAGAGAAGAAGAGAAAGGAGGAGGAGGAGAAGAAGAGGAAGAGAGAGGAAGAGAGGAAGAGAGAGGAGGAGGAGGAGAAGAAGAGGAAGAGGGAGGAAGAGAGGAAGAGAGAGGAGGAGGAGGAGAAGAAGAGGAAGAGAGAGGAGGAGGAGGAGAAGAAGAACCAGAGGAACAAAGAUGUGGUAGAGAAGGUGACUGAGAAGAAGAGAGAGGAGGAGAUGGAGAAGAAGAAGAAAGGAGAGGAGGAACUGAGGGAGACGAAGAAGAGAGAGGAGGAAACGAGGGAGAUGAAGAAGAGAGAGGAGGAGACAGGGGAGGAGAAGAAGGGAGGGGAAGAAAUGAGGGAGAAGAAGGGAGAGGAAGAAAUGAGGGAGAAGAAGCAGCUGGAUGAGAAGCAAAGGAACGAAGAUGCAGGAGAGGAGGAGAUGAAGAAGGGAGAGGAGGAGGAGUCUGCAAAAGAGAAAGACUUGGAGGAUGAAAAGAGGAAGCAAAGGAGUAGAGUGUUGGCGGAGAGGAGGAUGAGUGUGUUAAAGUCUCUUCAGGGCUUGGUGACGUCCACCAGAAGCAGAACGCAGAGACAGGGCACAAACCAAGCGGAGAAGGACGACAAGAGCAACGGAGAAGACAGAAAGGAAGAGACGGAGAGAGAGAGGAGAGGAGAGACGGAGCAGACGGAGGAGCUGAGUAAACAUAAAGGAGAAGAGGACAGAGUGGACAAACGAAGAGUUUCAGUUUCAGCUCCUGCUCUAUCAGUCACAGACUCUCUGCUGUACAGACUGCAUGGUGACAUCAGGAUCUCCAUGACCCUCGAAAAGCCCGAUGUGAAUAAGUGUUUGUUGGCGUUGGAUGAGUUGAGUUCGGUGUCUGUUUCCUCGCGACACAUUCAGAACCACAGCGAGCUCAUCGACACACUCCGCAAGAUGCGGUGGUUCCGGGGCAGUGAAGCGAUCAUGUUUAAAGCGUCCAUGCUGUACUACCGCUUUAAGAACAUUUAUCUGAUCGGAGAACCGGAGGACACACUCAGCCCCGAGUACAUCCACUCACUGCAGGAGGAGAGAGAGAGACAGGAGGAGCAACACACACCUCAGACUGCGGCCGUGGAGGAGAACCAUACACACACCAGCAAUCUCACCCAGCACAGUGACUCUGCAGCAGAGACGAGCUGAAACACACACACACACACACACACGUUUGGAGUUCUUUAUGGAUGUCCAGAUGUUAAAUCGGUGCUCCAUGAUGAUCAACAAUAAGCUUAGCAUCUCAUGCACCCACACACACACACACACACACACACACACACACGCUUGCAUUACACACUUCUGCUUGCUCUGAGAAGAUUAAAGGAACAGUUCAUACAGAAUGCUAACCUGCUAACAGUGACCUGAUUAGCAUUAUGGACAUGGAGUCAUGCUAAUGAGUGACCAGACUCCAUUCACUGUUAGCAGUGUUAGCAUGCUAGCUCCAGUUAUUCCUCUUUAAUUAUAAUAAUCUGCAAUGCUAUUAUUGUAUGUGCGUCUGCGGGGACGCACGCUAACCCCUGCUCACGUCCACACGUCUGCGGGGUCGCGCGCUAACCCCUGCUCAUGUCCACACGUCUGCGGGGUCGCGCGCUAACCCCUGCUCACGUCCACACGUCUGCGGGGUCGCGCGCUAACCCCUGCUCUCGUCCACACGUCUGCGGGGUCGCGCGCUAACCCCUGCUCACGUCCACACGUCUGCGGGGUCGCGCGCUAACCCCUGCUCACGUCCACACGUCUGCGGGGUCGCGCGCUAACCCCUGCUCACGUCCACACGUCUGCGGGGACGCACGCUAACCCCUGCUCACGUCCACACGUCUGCGGGGACGCACGCUAACCCCUGCUCACGUCCACACGUCUGCGGGGACGCACGCUAACCCCUGCUCACGUCCACACGUCUGCGGGGUCGCGCUAACCCCUGCUCACGUCCACACGUCUGCGGGGUCGCGCUAACCCCUGCUCACGUCCACACGUCUGCGGGGACGCACGCUAACCCCUGCUCACGUCCACACGUCUGCGGGGACGCGCGCUAACCCCUGCUCACGUCCACACGUCUGCGGGGACGCAUGCUAACCCCUGCUCACGUCCACACGUCUGCGGGGUCGCGCUAACCCCUGCUCACGUCCACACGUCUGCGGGGACGCACGCUAACCCCUGCUCACGUCCACACGUCUGCGGGGACGCGCGCUAACCCCUGCUCACGUCCACACGUCUGCGGGGUCGCGCUAACCCCUGCUCUUGUCCACACGUCUGCGGGGACGCACGCUAACCCCUGCUCACGUCCACACGUCUGCGGGGACGCACGCUAACCCCUGCUCACGUCCACACGUCUGCGGGACGCGCGCUAACCCCUGCUCGGGACAGCGGGACUGCGGCUCUGUCUCAUUUACAGCAUUAAGGGUUCUUUCGUUAAGAGGGAGUCUGCGUCUGUGUUUUAGACGUUCAUCGUAUACCAUGUUUUAAACUUAAAUGUGAUUUAUAUUUAAAUCUGCUGAACUGUAAAUCACUACUGAUUGGCUGAGCAGGGACACGUACACGCACACAGACACACACACACACACACACACACACACGCGCACUCAUUUCUGUUGGACGUGUCCUGAGAUUAACACACUAACAUUUCAUCACAGUAUUCCAGCAUUAUCACAUUCUACUGAUCUAAAACAAUAGAAUGUCAUUCAUCACCACAAACAUCAGAGGACGGACUGAGAGAAGGACGGACGGACGGACUGAGAGAAGGACGGACGGAUGGAGGACCGGCAGACAUGCGUAACGAGACAGACGCAUAAGCAAAUAAAAUAACAGGGAGACAGAGAGAUGAAGAGAUAGAAAGACAGACAGAAGGCCGGAAGAUGUGUAGAGAGACAGAAUGAUCAUCUUUCUUUCUUUCUUUCUAACUAUGUCUACCUGACAAAGAGAUGGACAGAAAGACAGACAGACAGAAACGGGCAAAUAGAAUGACAGAAGGACAGACAACAGCAUAAAGUAAGAGACGCAAAGAUGGACAGAAAGUCAGACAGAAAGACACUCAGGUGGACAGACACAUGGGCACAAAGAAUGACAGAGAGACAGUUAAUCAAAUAUGAACAGUAGACAGACAGAUGAUCAGACAGAUGAUCAGACAGAUGAUCAGACAGAUGAUCAGACAGCUUCUUCUCCUGACUGAAACACACUCUGACACUCUGAGUCGUCUCUGAUAUAUUGCUAAACUGAUUAUCAGUACAGGCGGUUACCACGGAAACAGUACAGCUCAACUCACACUGCAGGUCCUUCCCUGCACACACACACACACACACACACACACACACACACACACACACACACACACACACAGUCAGCGUUCUGUGUGUAAAUGUAGGAGUGUUAGUGUGUGUUGAUGUUUUAUCUCACUCUGUAGCGUUUAUUCUCAGCUUAUUCUCAGGAUCUUUAUUUUAUCAGUUUUUUUUUUUUUUUACUGCAGUUUCAUUUUUAUAAACACGUUCUGCAUUACAGAGACGGAUCAGAUCUCACACACCACCACUACAGCAUCUCUCCUCUCCUCCCCUCUUCACUUCUCUCCUCUCCCCUUUUCUUCUCUCCUCUUCUCUUCUCUUCACUUCUCUCCUCUUCUCUUCUCUCCUCUCCUCUUCUCUCCUCUCCUCUUCUCUUCUCUCCCCUUCACUUCUCUCCCCUUUUCUUCUCUUCUUUCCUCUUCUCUUCUCUUCUCUCCCCUUCUCUUCUCUUCUCUCCUCUUCACCUCUCUCCUCUCCUCUUCUCUUCUCUCCCCUUCACUUCUCUCCCCUUUUCUUCUCUCCUCUCCUCUUCACUUCUCUCCCCUUUUCUUCUCUUCUUUCCUCUUCUCUUCUCUCCCCUUUUCUUCUUUCCCCUACUCUUCUCUCCCCUACUCUAUUCUCCCCUUCUCUUCUCUUCUCUCCCACAUGACACUCCUGCAGUACAUUAUUAAUUACUGGUGUAAUGGAUGACUCCGUCCCAGCUUUAUAAAGUGUAUAUUAAACAUUACUGAUAUUAAAACUACACACCUGUAUAAGCAUGCCGUGUUCCAAUAAUGACGCUCUGUGAUUAAUGAACUCGUCCUCCAUCUUAAUUCACGCUAUCGAAUGUUUGAGAUGUGAAGUGUUCAUCUUAGCUUUAUUUAAUGUUUAGCUUCUUUUUCUGAUUCACUAAAUCAUCCUGUGUGUGUGUGUGUGUGUGUGUGUGUGUGUGUGUGUGUGUGUGUGUGUGUGUGUGUGUGUGUGUGUGUGUGUGUGUGUGUGUGUGUGUGUGAGAUCGUUCUGAAGUGGACGAGGGUGUGUGUAAAGGUGUUUUAGGUAAGAUUAACGGUUAAGUAGGUGAGUUCGACGUUUAUCUACGUAAAUUGCAGGUUAUUUGUACAAGUAAAAAGUUUUUAAACGUUGAUUAUUGCGUCUUUAAGAUUUAAAUCAGAAUAAAUCUGAGAUUAAUAAACUGAUUAAACACACAGAUAAAUCAGCGACGGUGUGUAUUUAUUCUGAAGCCUCCACACGCACCUGCACACUGCUUUAUACUGUAAUCAUUAAACUGUGUUUUUACAGGAUUUUAAGAUUGUUGUGUAAAUAGUUGUGUGUGUGUGUUUCUCACACUGUGUAAAUCCACAUUGUUUCUGCUCAUUGUGAAUAAAAAAUGUUUUCUUUACUGUCA